CGGCACUGAGCCAGUAGUCAGUUGUUAACUGCUGAUAGCACCAUGAAGCAGUCUAUAUCCUGAUCCUUCGUUACUUGUCCACUUCGCUACCUUCUGCAGUAUUUGCCUGAUGGGGGAUUAUCGAAAAUUUCCAUACCUUUCACCCGAUAGCCUAUAAUGCCCGCACAUAACCGUGGCACACUGGCUUUGAGUAAGGCGCAGGCACACUCUUGAACUCCGUCUUGAUGUUGUGGAAAACCCAACAAACGUGUAACAGUUAAUAAGCGGUUUACAUUGUUUCUGAGAAAACAGUUAUUCACGAGCAGCAAGAUCAGCGAUUUGUAUAAAGACAAUGAAGUGUGUGUUAUUGUUUAUCUGUGUAGUGGCAUUGGUGUCUCCCAGGUGCGUGGCGCUGCCCAACACACCCACUGAGGCUCACAAUAUAGUACCCACAGACACCCACAAUGUGACACCCACAGAGUCCCAUAAUAUGGCACCCACAGAGUCCCAUAAUAUGGCCAAGACCAUCACCCUCAACGCCUCGUCUGCUCACGAUAACUUGUCUGGUGCUUCAAGACUAACGGGAAAGAAUGAUACCCAUGACCUUUUAAAUGAUGGUCAAGGCGCUGAAGGAGGCCAUGGUGGUGGAGGGGGUCAUCAUGGAGUAGGAGAAAGAUAUCCCGUGAUUGUCGUCCACUGGGAGAGGGUACAGACGCCUUUCAUCAUUUGUGUGUGGAUCAUGUACGCUUGUUUCGGCAAAUUAGGGUUUCACCUGACGCCCAAGUUGUCUCAUGUGUUUCCUGAGUCAUGCAUGCUGGUUCUGCUGGGUAUUGCAAUAGGCGUGGUGCUCUACUUCGCGCAUGCCGCCACUAUCAACCCUUUCACCGCCGACGUCUUCUUCCUCUACCUGAUACCCCCUAUCGUUCUCGACGCCGGCUACUUCAUGCCCAAUCGCCUCUUCUUCGACCACCUGGGCACCAUUCUCGUCUACGCUGUCCUCGGCACCAUCUGGAACUCCUUGACAAUUGGUGUCUCCAUGUAUGCUGUAGGUUUGACGGGAAUAUUUGGCACCAGUGUCCCCAUUCUGCACAUGUUCCUCUUCUCGUCCCUCAUCUCUGCCGUGGACCCCGUGGCUGUGCUUGCUGUCUUUGAGGAGCUUCAUGUGGAUGAGGUGCUCUACAUCCUAGUCUUCGGAGAGUCAUUGCUUAACGAUGCUGUCACUGUGGUGCUGUAUAAUAUGUUCGCUGGUUACAGUACUAUGGGGCUAGACAACGUCCAAGUAGUGGACAUUUUCAGCGGAAUAUUAUCCUUCAUUCUGGUGUCCAUAGGAGGUACGGCUAUUGGCAUCGUCUGGGGCUUCCUCACUGCCUUUGUCACAAGGUUUACUAGAGGAGUGCGCGUGAUAGAGCCGAUCUUCGUGUUUGUCAUGGCCUAUUUGGCUUAUCUUAAUGCCGAGAUAUUCCAUCUGUCUGGUCUCUUGUCCAUCACCUUCUGUGGUAUUACCAUGAAAAAUUAUGUGGAGCAAAAUAUAUCUGAUAAGUCUCAAACGACUAUAAAACACGCCAUGAAGAUGUUGGCGUCAUCCUCAGAAACUGUUAUCUUCAUGUUCUUGGGAGUUUCCACGGUACAAAGCAGUCAUGAAUGGGACACUUGGUUUGUCAUGUUGACUAUUAUCUUCUGUUCUCUCUACAGAAUUCUAGGUGUCUGGCUAUUGACUGCAAUGUGUAAUCGGUACCGUGUCAAGAAGAUUGAGUUUGUGGACAAGUUCAUCUUGUCCUAUGGUGGGAUCAGAGGUGCGGUUGCCUUUGCCUUGGUGCUGACCAUCGAUCCCCAACAAAUUCCGAUGCAGCCUAUUUUUCUUACUGCAACUAUGGCUAUGGUCUACUUUACUGUCUUCUUACAGGGUAUCACCAUCAAACCUCUUACGAUAAUGCUGGGAGUAAAGAAAGCAGUGGAGCGAACACUCACCAUGAAUGAGCGACUCCAUGAAAGGUCAUUUGACUACAUCACAGCCGGCAUUGAGGAUGUGGCAGCCAGGCACGGUAACCUACUCUUCAGAAAAAAGUUCAAGAGAUUGAACCAUAAAUACCUAACACCAUUCUUAGUCCACAAGAAUAAUGUAAUGGAACCUAAAUUCAUUGAAACAUUUAGCAACAUCAAGAUGCAAGAAGCUAUUAAUUACAUGGAAAAUAAUGACAGUGCUUCCAACGAUACAAAGUCAUUUACCAAUUUAUUACGAAAUGCUGUAACUCAUCCAUAUCUGCAGAAGAACAACCAGGGUGAAUGGAACCUUGACGUUGGAGAACUGGAAUACAAGAGAGGCAUGAAGGAUAUUGAUGAUGCUAAAUUGAAUCAUCUCCUAUCUAUUGACUAUAUAGCUAGGAGGCGACACCAAAGUUUAACCUACUUAAGACAUGCAGUAAAGGAUGAUGAGUGGAAGACACGGAAUGAAGCCAUGCAUCGUAAUAUGUAUCUGUACUCACGCAAGUUUACCAGCAACACCAGGAAACAGAGCACCAGAAAAAGAGUAGAGAAUGGUGAGCCAGGGCAGCCAGUGGCAGGUGACGGGCGGGAAUCUUUCCGCAAGAUUGGUUCUGAUAUUAAACUUGAGAGUGACUAUAUGGAUCACGUGAUGGCGGACAAUCCUGCUUUUGUGGACGACGAGGGUGUGGUGACUUACACACGAGACAUGCCUAGUUCUUCCAGAAAAAGAUCAAGUCACACCACAGUAGCAGAAGCAAUAUUACCUUGGAAACGAUACCAUGGUUGUGACGCUCCUGAAUCAGCUCGUGAUGUCAAACGAAAAUUCAGCGUCAUACCAGAUGGUGGCAAUGUCAUACAAACGAUGACUGAGGUCUCACUACCCUGGAAGCGAACAGAUAACUCUGAUCAACCAGUCCAACAGACGGAGUUCCCUGCUUGGGCAUCAAAUAAGGAAUAUUUACUUUAUCAUUCGCCUUCUAAUACUCUGCUUGGUUCCCUAGGAAAGCACGAAUCGUAUCCCAACAUACGUGAAAUUUUUGGAAGGCGGAGCAGCAGCGGUGCAUCAGUCACUGCCCACCGUGAUUCCUUGAAAGACAGUCUCAGUUUUGCUAAAGAUAAUACCUCGGGCACUUCACUCCAGGAUAAAUUUCCCUCGCGUAAUUCUUUGAAUGAAUCAACCUUAUACACUGCAUCCUUACUUGUGCCAGACUUAUCUUUGAACAUGAGGCGACAUUCUCACACAGGAGAACACUCCCUGCUUAAUACUACAAUUAAAGAGGAAGAAGGACGACGCGAUGCAGUAAUUGAAGUUAUCCCUGAUCGUGAGCAGACACGGAUGUAGAUUCUACUCUCCAUAAGAAUAUAUAUAUAUUUUUAUAUUUUAACAACAUUUAGGUAAAUGUAUGUGGUUCUUGUAGUGUAAUAUAUGAAAAAAUGUGUUCUACUCAUAUAUAUUUUAUAAAAGGGGUGAUAAAUUCUAUGCAGGUAAUCUCUAGUUAUAAAAUGAUGUAAUUCUCCAAGUUCACAUAGUGUUUGCAGAAUGAGUUUUUUAUACACAUUCAGAAAAUGCAUCAUUGAUGUUGACAAAAAAUCAGUAAUCUAAUUCAUUAAUUACAUUUAUAUACAUAAAUACAGAACACUAAUCCUUUUCAACUCAUCUCAUUGAGGUAAUAAUCUAUAUUUUUGUUGGAAUUUGUAAACUACACUCUAGUAAAUGUAUAUAAUUGUUUGUAUUAUUUUGUAUUGCGAUAUUUUCAUGCUUCC